UUAUCAUUGGUUAUAAAUCGCAUCUCCAUGGCACGCUAACCUUGUGUAUUCACAAACAUAUUUACGCUAAACUCAGUCCGUUCAUUCGAGUCUUGAUGCUACAUUUGUUCUACGAAACUGCGUAGGGAAAUGAGAGCAAAGGGCCCAGGAAAUAUGUAACUUCAGUGAAGGUUUGUUGAGUCAGUCAAGAUGGUGCUUGAAAGUAUUGCGAGGAUCAUAAAAAUCCAACUCCCAGCAUAUCUCAAGCGGCUACCUUUACCUGAGUCAAUCACUGGUUUUGCAAAACUCACAGUUUCAGAAUGGUUGCGGUUGCUACCCUUGCUUGGUGUUCUUGCACUGCUUGGAUAUCUCAUGAUUCGCCCCUUCCUGCCAAAGAAAAAGCUACAGAAAGACAGCCUAAUUAACCUGAAGAUUCAAAAAGAAAACCCUAAAGUGGUAAAUGAAAUUGACAUUGAGGAUCUAAAAAGCACAAAUGCGUGCUACUGCAGGUGUUGGCGUUCAAAAACGUUUCCUGUGUGUGAUAAGUCACACAUAAAACACAACGAGCUGACUGGAGAUAAUGUGGGUCCGCUGAUCCUCAAGAAGAAGGUUUUGUAAGACUAGAUGCUGCCCAUGAUCCAUCGUAGUCUCUUUACUGAUGUAGGUCAAAGUGAUUUGAAGUUUUGUUUGUGUGCGUGUGUAUGUAUUGUUUGUUUUGGUAGACGGAUUAUAAUUCUGCACACCAUUUUAAGUGUCUUCAUUCAUGUGCCGCUAAAGACUGUAGUAAACCAUGUUGAUACAAAAACAGUUUCUUAAUCAGUGUUGGGAUUAUGUUAAGAUACACGCUGGAACACCAUACUUUAAUGCACCUGAGAGGCCCAGAUUGUAUGGCUUGUGCACAUUUUGUCAUUUACAUUUUUCAUUAUUACAGCUUAUAUAUGUGAAGCUGUUAAAUUAGACAGCACAUUUAUUAUACUAUUGCUAUACUGUAUAGUAGGCCUUUUAUAUUUGCAUCUUCCCCGUCAGUAGUAAGUUUAGGGGAUAUGGGCAUAAAGUAAUGCCCUAAAGAUAUUGUAGUCCAGGUGGAGUUUUGGUUUGGUUUUCCCCAAAGUGUUCUUAAGUUGUCUUAGUACUGUAUCUGUAUGCUUUCCAGACCUUUCUAAACCCUGCACCAUAAUUUAUUACUGUAUUUCAAGAUAAGGUGCUUUAGUAUGGUAGUCAAAAUACAAAGUAUUGGGCCCAGAAGGAAAGGCUAUAAUAAUUGUGAAUAUGAAAAAAAGUCAAUUGUUUCAGAAGCCAUGAAAAUGUCUUUGUGUCUUGUACUUUAGGAUGACUAUAAAAAAUAAAUAACUAAACCAUUUGAAAUCAUUGUGAAUAUCAGUAGAAAAUGCAUAUCUUCCUAUUUUUGUUUACAUAAUGUCUACAACCUUGUCAGACCAAUUGCAUAAGAGGUACUCAAUACCAUGAACUUAACUGUAGCUGAGUGUUUUACACAACUUCAAUAACUAUAUUUUAUAACUAUCUGUAAAAAAAAAAAAAUUAAAAAAAAGUUGUAAGAAUUCAUAUUAUUUGGCAAUAAAAUGUAAUAAUUACAAUGGUCUUGCAGGUUAAGAAAGGCAGUGUUUUUCUUAUCGAUGAACAGACUUUUGAUAGUGUUGGGAGUAACCCAUAGUAAAUUUCUAAUAAAUUUGAUUAAAAAACUGUAGCAGACAACUGACUUCUGCUAACAGUUUCCUGCAGAGCAGAUUUGAGGGUUAAUAAGGCCUGACAUAUUUAGGCAUUUAAGGUAUUUUAGUGGUAAGAGGAUCCAAGGUGAAUACUCAUUGUACAAAAUAGAAUAUUUACAAUCUUUAUAAAACAAAUACACAAUGAAUGAAUACCAGUUUUAAGGCCACAGUUUACAAAACUGAAGCCUGGUACUAAGGUUCAUGGGUUGAUCCUGGGUAUGGGGUGGUAAUUCUAGGAAGGCCUGCUCUCAGUCUGUCAUUAACAUAUCCAGUCUAUAAUAGCUGUUAGAGCAUUCUAACAAGAACACAUUCCACCUCACAAACGCUCUGGUAUUCAGUCUACAAAAAUCCUAACUUUAACAUUAAAUUUGACAUGACUGUCCUUUUAAAGCAAACCUGUGUGAAUUUGUCAGUAGUGAUAAUUAAUACCCUAUACCCUAAGCAUGAGUUUGGUAUUUACCUCAGCUUAUUUAGGUAGUGUGGAUAUUGACACUAUUCAGCCAUGUGAUCCAUUUCAUUCUGCUCAUACAAACCCUUUAUGCAAUGUCUGUUACAAUAACCUUUUUCUACAUCUCCUUACCAGGACAAAUACCAGAUUGACUGUUGUUCUAUUUGGACCUCAAGUCAUUUUUGUCAUAGCUAGUGUGUCGAAUGCCCUGUGCAUUGCCAUUGAUUAUAAUGCAGAGAAUCAAAAUUCCAGUUUAUUGAAAGUCAUCGCAGUGCUGCACAUUUACAUGUUUUGCCUUAAGAACAGCGAUAGUAAAAUACUUUUUCCAUCUGCAUAUUUACACAGUCAUUCUAAAUUUGAAUUGUAAAUAAUGCUGCUGUUUCAUUUAAGUGCAGUUUUUUUCUUUUAUGAAGAAUAAUGAAUGAAAUGUCUUGUGGAUUGAUUAUUCUUUAAAUAAAGCAACUUUAAUGUCUAAA